CGGUGAGGACGCCUUUCAAACCAACAGAGAGAUGGCGGCAGCGACAUCGCGCACGGCGCAGCAGGUGCUUACGGCGGUGCGCAAAGUGCUCGCCGGCCACACGAGCGCCGACGAGCGGAAGCGCGCCGACGCCUUUCUGCAGACGUUCCAGCGCACGCCGGAGGCCAUUCCCGUGAGCAUGGCCUUGCUGUCGCAGAGCGACGACGACGUCCUCAAGGAGCACGAACACCUCUUUCUCGUCAACACCAUCUAUCGCGCGCUGUGUAGUCGCGGGUCGCGCGACCACCCGCGCUUCAAGUCGGACGCAUCGAUCGGCGCGUCCGAGCUCCUUCGCCCAUGCUUUGCCCAGCUCUGUACGCAUAUUCACGGAUCGAUAGCGAACCACACGUCUUCUCUCAUUGCGAGCCAGUAUGCAUGCUGCGUCGCCGUGAGUAUUCUCUCAACGACCGAAGGCGACGUCCUCACGACGCUCAGCGCGCUCUCGUCGGGUGUGUCGAUGCCAAGUAUCGCAGUCGACAUGGCAGUCAUCACGCUGCUCCAGCUGCUGCCUGAAGAGAUCCAGAACAAGCGCCUCCUGCUUCGCAAGGACCACCGCGAAUCGUGGGUGGCGUCAAUCAAGACCGAGUCGCCGCAGGUGCUGCACACCCUCCAAGGCUGCUGGUCGGCCCAGGUCGCACGCCGACCAAACACGCUCUGUGCUUUUCACGCACGCCUCGAAGAGCGCAUCCUCGAGACCUUUGGUGCGUGGGUGGUUCACGGCGCGUUGGCCCCCGAUAUGAUUGCGGCAUCGAGCUUGCUUGCUGCCGCGUGCGACGUGGCGGCCAAGAUGGCCCCCGAGAGCGACCGCAUCUUGGAUGUCCUUCAAGACAUUGUCGCCACCUGCGUCGAUGCGUCGUUUGCUCCAUUGCUGUCGCCGCUGCUCGCGUUUAGCACGCGUCUUGGGUCGCAAGCGUUUGAGAACGCCCACGAUUUGCGCCCCGACCUCCUCAUUGCGAUCGCGUCGACCGUUGCCAGCGUCGGCGAGCAAGCGCUUGUCUGUGGGCUCCUCACGCCACUCGAUCCUAUGCCCACAACCUUUCUCGACAUGCUCCUCGCCUUGGCGACCCUCCACGAGACCGAGGCGCUGACCAAAGUGUUCGAUUUCUGGGUCGCGUUCCGCGCGCGCAUGGUUGCCGACGGCAGCGACGCAGCGUGUGCAUGGGACGCCAAGUACAUUCCAUCCGUCUUGCGGCACGUCGUCGCGUCAACGUCGCUCGAGACAGCGGCGGACGAGGACGAGUUGGUGCAGCACCGAAAAGAGAUGCGCGCGGUCCUCCGGCUCCUCUCGCAAGCGUCGCCGGAUGCGUUUCUGCACGAGCUGCUCGGAGCCAUCUUCGCAGCGUACGAGACGCUCACCCCCACCUCGGCGCCGAGCGUCGCGUUGCAGAUUGAAGCCGCGCUCCAUGCGCUGAGUGCGCUUACCAAAUGCAUUCCAGAUAGUGACGAGACGUAUAUGCCCCGAUUGCUGCAUGUUCUCUAUGCGCUGGCGUCACCCGACCGCACGCUGCAUGCCCGGGCCCUCCUUCGGACGAUCACGGUAUUUCUGAGUGUCGUGCCGACCUGGAUCCGCGCUCAUCCCGCGUCGCUGCCGUACGUCCAUGGCAUCCUCACGAGCGCGCUCGCGUGCGCCGAAGACGACCCAAUCUGUGCCAUGCGCAACGCCGAGGACCACAUCGGCGCCGUCGCGCUCCUGAAGCUCGCGACCAAGUGCGCGCCGCAGCUCCUCCUGGAUGCCGCCGAUCUUGAUUGGCUCGCGUGCAUGCGGAACGUGUACCGCGCGAACUUGCAGCCGACGCCGUUUCUGUCGGACAAGAGCUUGCGCCUCGUGCUGGAAGCGUACGCGCGGGUGCUCAUUGGCGCGACCGAAGCCGCGUACCAAGCGUCCGACGUGAGCUACUACGUCCAAGGUGCGCCGCACGUUCUCUCGCUCGCGAACUUCAUGUGCGAGCACCUGGUCGCGGCGCUACCCCACGCGGCGAAUGACGAAGCAGCCCAUGCGGUGGUGUCGCUGGUGCUCGGGCACUUGAGUACGCUCGCGUCGGCGCUGCUGCGGGAACGCACUUCGAGAUCGGGCCACCCGCUUCUCGCUGUCCUCCAAACGCACUGGGCAGCGGUCUUCCAGCCGCUACUGGCGUGCCACGUGGUGCAAACCAGCGUCAUGGAGCUCUUCGAAACACUCUUCAAGAGCCUCGAACGGGAUGCAGCGCCGCUGGCGACAGCAACCGUACCCCUUCUCGUCGCGUCGUUCUCCGCGACGCGACAUCGGUGCGUCAUCGAUACGCUGCAAGCGACCUUGCGCUGUGCGUCGCCGUCGUCGACGCUGAGCGGGCUCCUCCAAGACGCGGUCUUGCGCAUCGUGCGUGACACCGCGCCGUCAGCCCUCGCGUCCGACGGCGCCGAUCGUCUCGACGGCGUCUGUGGCCUCGUCGUCGCCUUUGGCAUCCACGAGCCGACGUUGCUCGAGGCGGCCGGCGUGCUUCCGCCGCUCCUCGCACUUCUCCUUGAGGCGCUUGCGGCAGGGCCAUACCACGUCCUCGCGGUGCUCAAGGUGCUCAAUGCACUCUGGCUGUGGCGAAGCGACGCGUUGGCGCCACUGCAUAUGUACGUGACGUCGGUGCUCUCGGUCGAGAUGGCGACUGCGAUCUUUCGACAGCUGCUGCGCGCGCCGGCGUCGACGACCGACGCGGUCGCGCAGUGUCUCUUGAACGCCCGGCGGUCGUUUCCCGCCGAGACGCUGAGAGGCAUUGCGACCUCGGCCGUGCACGACCAAGUGUUUGCACACGUCUCGCAGCAGACGCAGCGUGACAUGCUCGAGACGUACGCCAGUGCCGAUCCCAAGAUUGCCACGCCGCGCAAGCUCGGUCGCUUCGUCAAACUCUUCUCGUUCAAGCACUAGGAAACUUGCAACGUAACGGGAAAGACAACUUGACCACGAUUGAGA